AUGGAGGGGGAGAAGAAGGAGCAUCAAGUACGUAUUAAUCAAUUGACUGGUUCCAGGAGAGUAAUAGAAGCAGAAGAUGAAGAGUUGAAGAUUCUUUAUCCAAAGGAUAUGACAAGAGGGAGGAGAAGAAUCAAGUACUGUGGGAUUGGAAUCGCAGUUGUUCUGCUUCAAGUUGUUGUUCUAAGUGUGCUUUGCCUCACUAUGUUUCGCUUUAAGGAUCCGACCAUCAAGUUGGAUUCAACCACUGUGGAGAAUCUGAACGUGGGAUUGGUGUCUACACCCUCCACCAUCAACAUGACUGUGAGUCAAGAAAUUUUGGUGAAGAAUCAGAACUGGGGAGGGUUCAAGUAUGAUGAAAGUGCUGUGGUCAUUUCCUAUGGGGGUGCUACAGUUGGUCAAGGCACAAUUUCUAAAGGUUCUAUAAAGUUGAGGAAGAGCAAGAAGUUUAGUGUUGUGGUGGAGGUAAAGAUUGAAGGAGUAGGCAGUGAUGUUAGCUCAGGAGUUUUGGGUUUAAAGAGCUAUACAAAGAUUAGUGGGAAGGUCAAUAUGGUGGGUAUGGUGAAGAAAAGAAGAAGCAUGGAGAUGAAUUGCAGCUUGAAUAUUAGUUUGGCCGCCCAGAAAAUCCAGGACUUCAAUUGUCACUGA